AACUCCAAACAAUUAAAACCCUCUUGAAAUAAUUGAGCUUUUGUGACAGAAAAAAUUAAAAAAGAGAAAAAGAAACCCCAGAGCUCUCUUCUCCCCCUUCCCUCUCUGUCUAUAAUUUUUGUGUACAGUUGCUGCAUUUCUUCUUCAAUGUAACUGGGUGGGUUGAAGGGGAAGGAGACCUCAAAACCCAUAAAUUUUCUGAGGGAAAAGUUCAGACCUUUGAGGGUUUUCUUUUCUUUUUCUCUUUCACCUAACAUACCUGAUCUCUCUCUGCUUCUGGGUCUCGAGGAUUGGGGAAGAUGCCAAGGCCAGGGCCAAGACCUUAUGAGUGUGUUAGAAGAGCUUGGCACAGUGAUAGGCACCAACCCAUGAGGGGUUCUCUCAUUCAAGAAAUUUUCAGAGUUGUCAAUGAGGUUCAUAGCUCUGCAACUAAGAAAAACAAGGAAUGGCAGGAGAAACUCCCUGUUGUUGUCUUGAGAGCUGAGGAAAUUAUGUAUUCCAAAGCCAAUUCAGAGGCUGAAUACAUGGACCUUAAAACACUUUGGGACCGCACAAAUGACGCCAUUAAUACUAUAAUUCGACGGGAUGAGAGUUCUGAAACUGGAGAUUUUCUUCAACCUUGUAUUGAAGCCGCGCUCAAUUUGGGUUGCACGCCGAGAAGAGCCUCGAGGAGCCAAAGGAAUGUCAACCCAAGGUGUUAUCUUAAUCUGAACAAUCAGGAGCCCACCGGUACAGAGAUUUCCGGGCUAGGAAAUCAUACAUCUAAUUCGCAUUUUGUUGCCUAUUAUCUAAAUUUCAUGAAACCCUCAACAUUAGGAGCAUCCAAUUUAAGCUCUGUGUGUCGAAACCCAGUUGUGCAAACCCAUAACUGCUUUACUAACAAUUUCCCCUUAGCAACCAAGAAUGUUUCCCCAUCGAAGGCCAACCAAUGCUUGUCUAUGGAAAGUGGUUCUGUCUCGAACUUGUACACCGUCUACCCUUUGUACUAUGGAAAUUGCUUCCACGUCGAAGAAUCCCAUCAUGGAUCCAGAGUUCUUCCCAAGCCAUUUUCCAAUUGUCCCGAGCAUCUUGCUAAGGUGGGAAGUUUUCCAACCUCCUGCUUCCCAGAUGCCAGUAGUUCAGGAAAGAUAAUCCAAACAAAUACCAAGGCGAAAAUACAGGAAAUUCCACUCGACAAUGAAUGUGAUUUAUCACUCCGGUUAGGCCCUUGUUCAGUUCCCUGCCCCAGUGUUGGAAACCGCCAGGAUCUUGGAGACAUUGAUUCUAAUUCCGAAGAGGGGAUUACAGGAAGAAGUCUGACACCAUUAAUUGAUCAGGAGUUCUGUUUCUUUGGUAAAGGCAAUACGAGUGACAAAUUACACUUGAUUUCUACUGAAUGCAUUGUGAAGGAUGAGCACGGGCAUACGAAUCUGGACACAACAAUGAGAAAGCGGAAGAUAGUUUUGAGUCAAUCGAUGGAGGAUCAGCAAUUUUGUUGGCAGCCGAAGCUUCCAUAUAACCAAUUUGCAGGAAGAAUGAAAAGUGCAGGUUUGUAGACUGAUUCUUACUUGGGACUUUUGUGGCAUUUUUCUUGUGAUUGCAUUGCUGAAGCAAUUUUUUUUUUUUCUCUUUUUUCUUGUGACCCAAGCGCUGGUUGGUAAUUAUGUUACCAUCGAGUGGUAGCCCAUCGAUGUCCCAAGAAUAAGAACUGUAUAUAGAGAUGUCUAAGUUGAGAGUCCUGAACCAUCCCAUGGAUAGACUAACAGAAGAAACCAUGUCAUCUGCAAUGUACAAAAUAAUGCUGUUAUCUUAUCUUAUUGCUAGUGAUUUUUAGUGUCUU